AUGUCAACGAUUUUCGCGUUGAGCUCCGGCGCGCUUCCGUCAGCCAUAGCUAUUGUUCGACUUUCUGGUCCGAAGAGUGGCGAGGUGUUGCGCGUGAUGUCAAGACGGCGAAACGGAGUGCUCGAUCCGCGGAAAAUGUUCUACACGCGACUCCACGAUCACGACGAAACGCUCAUCGACACAGCGAUGGCCGUUUAUUUGCCCGGCCCCUCAACGUUCACCGGUGAAGACACGGCCGAAUUAUUCGUGCACGGAAGCCGCGCCGUUGUCAACACCCUCGCCCGCUCACUUUCCCAAUUUGAUGGGGUUCGACACGCAAAAAGGGGCGAAUUCUCGAAAAGAGCCUUCUACAACGGGAAAAUGGAUCUGGCGGCCGCGCGGGGGCUUCGCGAUCUCAUUCACGCCGAAACUGAUCGACAACGGAGAGUCGCUCAAAAGCAGAUGGACGCCGGGCCAGCGGUUCGUCAACUACGCGAGGAUUUGGUGGAAGCGGUUGGCCGGGCCACAUUGUUAAUCGAUUUCGGAGAGCACGUCGAUUGCACGCUCGACGAAGUGAAAGUCCAAUCCCUUGCCAUUCUCGAGAAACUCCGCAAAAUGGUCUCUUCGUCGAGAAGCGCCGAAAUCGUGCACCGUGGCUUGCGCAUCGUGUUGGUUGGCCGGCCGAACACCGGGAAGAGCAGUUUGAUGAAUCGAUUGGUGCAACGAGAUGUGGCGAUCGUUUCGGAAACAGCUGGUACAACAAGGGAUAGCAUUGAGGUUCGCCUCGUGCUCAACGGGAUCCCGACCACACUGACCGACACGGCAGGCCUUCGCGAAACGGAUUGCACUGUCGAAAGAGAAGGGGUUGCAAGAGCGAAAAAGAGAAUUGAAGAAGCCGACAUUGCGCUGGCCAUUUUCGAUGCGAGGAGACCAGAAGAACUCGCCGAGAUCAUCGCCGAGAUCGAGAGCGUCGAUAAAACGUUGUGCAUCGUCCCUGUGGCCAACAAGUGCGAUCUGCUGGAGGGGAAAACGCCCUCAUCCUCCGCCCAAACCGUACAAAACGUGCCCGUGCCCACCUCGGCCAUCACCACCGAUGGAAUCGACGCGUUGCGAGCGAAAUUGGAGAGAGUGGUCGAGGAUUUGUGCCCAGACGAGUCAUCUCCAUCGCUGACUGAGUUUGAGCUGUUGUCGGAAGCGCUUACCGAAGUGGAACAAUCCAUGGAGACGGUUGACGCCGCCCUCUGCGCCCAUCAUCUCCAAAACGCGCUCAACAUUGUCGGCGAGCUGAGCGGCGCCACCGUCACCGAGGCUAUCCUCGAUCGCCUCUUCGCGCAAUUCUGCAUAGGAAAA